AUGAGCAAGGUGUUCUCUCCAGAUUAACGCAAUCUAGGAGGUCGGCGAAUUAUAUUGCAAUAGAUGCUCCAGCAUCUGCAUCAUGUUGAGACUGCCAAGAGCACUCUCUCCCAAACCAACUCAAGCAGUAAACUACUACGUCGAACUCCAUCUCCAGUUUUCAAAUUCCUGGAUCAAUACAAGGAAGUCCUUAAUACCUUUGACAAGGUGCAAAAGAUCCAAUAAAAAAGACCGUCCGUUGAGAAAUUCAAAAACAACUACUUCCUCAAAAAAGUGCAAACCACCAAUACCGAACAUCAAAAGAAUUUUGAAAAAUGUAAGAAGAGGAUCCAAGAAAUGAACAACAAGAACAAGACCACUCUCAAUCCAGCCCUCUUCUUCAGGAGAGUGGAUAAGAGUCUUAUCAAUAAGACUUGUCCAAUAAAGUAAUCAACUUCAAUUUAAUAAGUGCAGCCACGGCCACAAAAGAAAGAAAUACAACAAGAGAUUGAUUGGGAAAGCAUUGCUAAAAAAAUACCCUAAUUAGCUGAUCCACUUUUUAAGAAUAAAAUAACUGACUUGAUCGUUUCCAACAGGAUCUAUAGCGAUGAUGAUUAUGCAUUCCUAGUCUGCCUGAUUUCAAGUGUGAAUAAUGCUGAAUAAUCCAAAAUCAUACUAAUAAUGAGCUAAAUAUUGAAUGAGUUGGGAUUGUUGUGA